AUGAGCGGAAGCACGGACGGAAAUGUAGUUCCGUCUUCGAGUGCGGGGAAUGCGAGCGGCAGCGGUGCCACGGGUACGACGCGUCGCGGACGCUGCAAGUGGUUUAACGUGGCCAAGGGAUGGGGCUUCAUCACCCCUGAUGAUGGCGGCCAGGAUGUCUUUGUUCACCAGAGCGUUAUUCAAAUGCCUGGCUUCCGAUCGCUGGGUGAUGAUGAAGAGGUAGAGUUCGAAUGCAAGGAUUCUGACAAAGGCCUCGAAGCUACCCGCGUCUCUGGGCCGUCCUCGGUGGACUGCCAGGGUUCACACCGGCGUCCGAUAUCCAAAAAGCGCUUCAGAAAAAUACGAUGCUACAAUUGUGGGGAAUUCGCCAACCACAUUGCGGCAAAGUGCAGCUUGGGUCCACAACCAAAGAGAUGUCACAACUGCAAAAGCGAGGGCCACCUGAUCGCAGAUUGUCCGGUGAAGGUUGAGAAGAAAGCUGACGAAUCACAAUCAAAGCAAUCGGAAAGUUCCCAAGGAAGCCCACAAUAG